UGAGUAUAGUAAGACAGAGGAUCCCAGCACAGAGACAGAACCCAAGGACAGAGACUGAGGUCUGAGCACAGAGACAAAGACCUCCUGAUAUAAAGAUAUUGGAAAUCAGUGACUGGGAUACAGUUUUGGGAAACUCAACACAGAGAAACUGCUGAUUUCUGUAGAGACAUUUUAUUCCUAUUAAAAGGACACUGGAGGAUCUCUCGCAGAGGGAGGCAUUUAUUGAAGCAGUGGAGGUGACUGGUAUACCCAGUCACUGUGUCAUAUUCAUUUAUUGUGAACUCUCUCAUCACCAAUGGAUAAUAGUGGCCCCUAUCUGAAUGUUGGGGCUGUUUGGUCCCGCGUAGGCUAUGUUCGUUUGUUACAAUUGUUAUUUGGGUGUGCAACAUUCAGUAUGGUUUUGCACCGUGCCGGCUUCAGUGCUGCAUAUGGCACCUUCUGCAUUUUUGUGUGGUGCUUUUGCUUCGGACUGACUAUCCUCAUUGUCACAUUUGAACUAACACGGCUCCAGUCCUGCAUUAAAGGUCUCUCCUGGGGCAACUUCACCGCAGCAUUCGCUAUGCUGGCAGCCCUUAUGACUCUCACUUCUGCAGUUAUUUACCCACUCUACUUUGUCACACUCAGCUGCUCCUCCGACUGUGCCACCCGCAAUUUUCGACUGGCUGCAAGUGUCUCUGCAUCGCUUCUAUUUGUGACCUAUGCUGUGGAGGUGUUCCUGACUCGUGCUAGGCCUGGGCAGCCAUGUAGUUACAUGGCAACUGGUGCAGGGCUGCUAAAGAUUGUCCAGGCCUUUGUGGCAUGUGUCAUUUUUGGUGCUCUGGCGAGUGAGAGCCAGUACAAGAGGUAUGUUGCUACUCAGUGGUGUGUGGCUGUCUACAGCUUCUGCUUUGCUGUGACUGUGGUGGUGAUAAUGCUCAAUGUCACUGGACGUACGGCUGCUCUCCGCUGCCCCUUUGAGCGCUUUGUGGUGAUAUACACAGUGCUAUCCAUCCUGAUGUAUAUGAGUGCUGCUGUUAUUUGGCCUGUAUUCUGUUUUGAUAGCAAGUAUGGGUCACCCACAAGGCCACCUCGCUGCUCUUGGGGACGCUGCCCUUGGGACAGUCAACUGGUUGUUACAAUUUUCACAUUUUUAAACUUGGGGCUGUACAUUGCAGACCUGGUGUACACACAGCGCCUUAAAUUUAUAGCUCAUCAGUGAGUGGGACUAUGUGGAGUGAUAGAAGGGAACAAACAAAAGACUAUGUUAUGCAGUUCUGAUUUUGCAGUUAAAUCUUAGAUCUGAUACCAGAAUGUAUUCAAGUAGAUUCCAAGCAUUGGUAUUUAUAUUUACCACCUCUGUUUAAAAGCUAUGCCAUGAAUCAACCACCCACUCAGCACCAUUAGCUUAUUGAAUAUGAAACCAAAAGUAAUCUGUGCCUUUUCUACAUACUCCCUGAAGCACAUGCUACUGCAGUCAGCUGUGAGCUAUCUAAGCUAUGUGUGGAAUGACGAAUGGUUGUGAUUGUCUCACAGACUCAUAUUGGCUCUCACUGCUAUGUAGCAGGAACUGUUUGUGCUGGUUUGGCUGGGGAAGAGACAGCACAAGCUGGGGAGAUCUACAUAUGGCACCGAAAGCGUUAACUGUGCUGUGACACCUGCUGUAAGUCCUACUAUAUCCCUAAAAUAUCAGCUGAGAGAACUAUGAGAAAAAUGUGAGCAAUUUGCAUGUGAGAGUCUGGAACAACCACAGGAACCACAAAGCCUGGAAAAACCACAGGAACUCACAAACAUUGUGAGGUGAAGAUAAGGAAAGAUGGGGAUGUAGAUUUGUGGACCCCCAGCAACUAACGCUGUUUAAGUAUUUGUACCUAACUACAUUAUCUAUGUUUAAUGUUUGUUGUGUACACAAAUAAAUAACUGGCCCAAUAAAAAAGCUGGAUCCCAGAAAAUAAACUGAUCUAGUGAUAUUUUAUAUUGUACACCCCAAAGUAAUUAUCAUGUCUACUUCUUAUGCCCUGCUUUUAGUUCUCUGCAUCCUAAAGUGUUUGUACUGUGUUUCCUAUAGUAGUCACCAUGUGUAACCAUAACCUGCCCCUUAAAGGGAUAUGAAACCCCAACAUUUUCUUUUUUGAUUGAGACACAGCAUACAAUUUUAAAAGUUUCCAAUUUACAAAUUGCAUGCUCUAUCUCAAUCAUGAAAUAAAAUGUUGGGUUUCAUGUCCCUUUAAUACUGCAUAAUGAAGACAAUGGGGUUAAUAAAAUUAGGGUUUGCAUACACCGUAGGGUGUCAGGGCACCAAUUUCUGUGUGCAGCGAGAAAUUGAAAAAUUUGAACUUUCCAUUCCCUGUUUAACUUUUAUUUAUAACAUAUAUUUAAUAAACUUGUUUCACAAAAGUUA